GGAAGCGAUGGGUAUCGAAUUAUAGGGAUUGGAAGCGAUGGGUAUUGGAUUCAAAGCGAUGGAGCGAUGGGUAUUGGAUUCGAAGCGAGACAAUGGGUACUGGAUCAUCAAUUAAGUGGUAUAAAUUCUGGGUUUGGUGUUCUAAUCCAAACAGUUCGAUCAUCAAUUCUGGGUUAAUGGAUAGUGAAAAUUGUACGAGCUUGGGCAAUCAACCAAUAAGUGAUUCCGAGGACUUACAAGGUAAAGAGCAGUGUGAUGAUUCUCAUUGUGAGCCUACUGAUGAUUUGCAUGUAGUGAAUGAAAUUGAAAACAAUGAAGAGGCAAUUGAAGAGGUCAUACUUGGAAAAGAGUUUAUAGAUGUUGAGAGUGCAUAUAAGUUUUAUAAGAAUUAUGGUGGCAAACAUGGAUUCAAUGUGAGGAUAAGAAACAGUAGAAAAAACAAGGAGAAUUUUGUGACAUGGGUGCGUUAUUGUUGUGCAAAAGAAGGUUUUCAAGAAAAGGACAAGCGUCGUACAAAUGCAUCUUAUUCUCAACCAGUUACAAGAUGUGGUUGUCAAGCGCAUCUGACCAUCCUACUGCAGAAGAAUGGAAAUUUCCAAGUUGUCUCAUUUCAGACAAGUCAUAAUCAUGCCUUGAUUAGUACUCCAAUGAAGCAUUUGCUUAAGGUCAAUAGAAGUAUAUCUGAGGCACAAAAAGCACAUGCAGAUGAUGCUGAACAUUGUGGUUUCUCCAUAAAAGCAACUGUGGAGUUGAUGAGUAGAGAAGUAGGAGGGCCAGAGAACCUUGGAUUUUCACAGAAGGAUUACAUGAAUUACAUUCAUAGAAAAACAAAUGAAUAUGGUCGACCCUUUGCACCGUUUGUUGGGGUUAAUCAUCAUAAGCAAACAACAUUGUUUGAUGCAGCUUUGUUAUAUGAUGAAACAACCGAAUCUUUUAAGUGGUUAUUUGAGACAUUCCUCUCUGCUAUGUCUGGUAAGCAACCAAUGACCAUUCUUACUGAUCAGUCUGCUGCCAUGGCUAGAGCAAUAAAAGAAGUUUUUCCACAAGCUACUCAUCGCUUAUGUGUGUGGCAUCUUUAUCAAAAUGCUGCUAAGAAUCUCAGUCAUGUCUUUCAUGGAUCUUCAGAAUUUGUUGAUGAUUUUAGCAAAUGUAUGUAUGACUAUGAGUUUGAGCAUGAGUGGCUAUUAGCAUGGAAUGGACUGCUUGAGAAAUAUAGCCUCAAGGAAAACAAGUGGUUGAGUAAUUUAUUUGAAUUGCGAGAAAAAUGGGCACUAGUGUAUGGGAGACAUACUUUCACUGCUGAUAUGCAAAGCACACAAUGA